CGAGUGGGGGGCGGCGGCCAGCAUGCGGCCCCGCAGCGCCCUGCCCCGCCUGCUGCUGCCGCUGCUGUUGCUGCCCGCCGCCGGGCCGGCCCAGUUCCACGGGGAGAAGGGCAUCUCCAUCCCGGACCACGGCUUCUGCCAGCCCAUCUCCAUCCCGCUGUGCACGGACAUCGCCUACAACCAGACCAUCAUGCCCAACCUUCUGGGCCACACGAACCAGGAGGACGCGGGCCUGGAGGUGCACCAGUUCUACCCGCUGGUGAAGGUGCAGUGCUCCCCCGAACUGCGCUUCUUCUUGUGCUCCAUGUACGCACCCGUGUGCACGGUGCUGGAGCAGGCCAUCCCGCCGUGCCGCUCCAUCUGCGAGCGCGCGCGCCAGGGCUGCGAGGCGCUCAUGAACAAGUUCGGCUUCCAGUGGCCCGAGCGCCUGCGCUGCGAGCACUUUCCGCGCCACGGCGCGGAGCAGAUCUGCGUGGGCCAGAACCACUCGGAGGACGGCACGCCGGCGCUGCUCACCACCGCGCCUCCGCCGGGCCUGCAGCCGGGGGCCGGGGGCACCCCGGGCGGCCCGGGCGGCGGCGGCUCUCCCCCGCGCUACGCCACGCUGGAGCACCCGUUCCACUGCCCGCGCGUCCUCAAGGUGCCGUCCUAUCUCAGCUACAAGUUCCUGGGCGAGCGCGACUGUGCGGCGCCCUGCGAGCCCGCGCGGCCCGACGGCUCCAUGUUCUUCUCGCAGGAGGAGACGCGCUUCGCGCGCCUCUGGAUCCUCACCUGGUCGGUGCUGUGCUGCGCCUCCACCUUCUUCACCGUCACUACGUACCUGGUCGACAUGCAGCGCUUCCGCUACCCGGAGCGACCCAUCAUCUUUCUGUCCGGCUGCUACACUAUGGUUUCGGUGGCGUACAUCGCGGGCUUCGUGCUCCAGGAGCGCGUCGUGUGCAACGAGCGCUUCUCCGAGGACGGCUACCGCACGGUGGUGCAGGGCACCAAGAAGGAGGGCUGCACCAUCCUCUUUAUGAUGCUCUACUUCUUCAGCAUGGCCAGUUCCAUCUGGUGGGUCAUCCUGUCGCUCACUUGGUUCCUGGCGGCGGGCAUGAAGUGGGGCCACGAGGCCAUCGAGGCUAACUCGCAGUACUUCCACCUGGCCGCGUGGGCCGUGCCGGCGGUCAAGACCAUCACCAUCCUGGCCAUGGGCCAGAUUGACGGCGACCUGCUGAGCGGCGUGUGCUUCGUGGGCCUCAACAGCCUGGACCCGCUGCGGGGCUUCGUGCUGGCGCCGCUCUUCGUGUACCUGUUCAUAGGCACGUCCUUCCUCCUGGCCGGCUUCGUGUCACUCUUUCGCAUCCGCACCAUCAUGAAGCACGACGGCACCAAGACGGAGAAGCUGGAGCGGCUUAUGGUGCGCAUCGGCGUCUUCUCCGUGCUCUACACCGUGCCCGCCACCAUCGUCAUCGCCUGCUACUUCUACGAGCAGGCCUUUCGGGAGCACUGGGAGCGCUCGUGGGUGAGCCAGCACUGCAAGAGCCUGGCCAUCCCGUGCCCGGCGCACUACACGCCGCGCAUGUCGCCCGACUUCACCGUCUACAUGAUCAAAUACCUCAUGACGCUCAUCGUGGGCAUCACGUCGGGCUUCUGGAUCUGGUCCGGCAAGACGUUGCACUCGUGGAGGAAGUUCUACACGCGUCUCACCAACAGCCGGCACGGCGAGACCACCGUGUGAGGGGUGCCCCUGCGCCGCGUCCCCGGCGGGCCGCACCGGGCUUGCCUCUGCUGGGGGGGGGUUCCUCCUAACAGACUCCUUUAUUUUAUUUUUUUAAAUAAAGAACAAUCGAAACCAUUUCUCUUUUAGGUUGCUUUUUAAAGAGAACUCUGUUCAACACUCCCAUCAGGUUUGUAAUUAAAACUGUAAAUAGCCUGUACAUUUAACUAUAUAUUUUCUAUUUAAAAGAAAAAUGGGGCGGGGAGGGGGAGGCUGCGGCGAGGGGCCCUGGGCAGGGGGCGUUGAGGGGGAUCCUCUCUUUUUUUUUCAGUGCCCUCUCAAACACCAUCACCUACUUAGGUUUGAAUUUUUUGGCGUUUUGGCAGGGCUGGGCCUGCUGGAAGAGGUGUUUGCUGGGAGGGGUUGGAAGUGGGUUACAUUCAACUCCCAAAGCCAGAUUUGUGAGCCUUUUCACUGACGCUGCGCCUGUGGAAGCUGUUGGAUAUUUUUGAACGAGAUUUGGAUUCUCAUUUUUUUCCCUUUCUCUCUCCACAAGUCCGGUCUCCUUCACUCGAUCUUUGGAGCACUUCCAAAAGAGAUGAAACCGAGGGGGGUUCGGGGGUUGGGUAACCAACCCCUGCGCCAGUGGGAUUGGGGGGACAGGGCGAGAUUGGGGGGACAGCCUGCUCCCUUUGCAGGCUGGAAGAUCUUCUCCUAUUUGCCUUUUCUUCUUUUCAGCUCGCUGCCCCAAGCGCUUGAAGUGGGCAGAAAGUGCUUUGUAGUGCUUUGUGAAAUGUGCUUUGAAACAACACCGCCCUCCACCCCACCCCACCAUCACCUUGAGUACCAAUCCUGACUGCCUCCAUUUUUAGGGGGAGCAUUGGCUCCUAAAUGUUGGGGUUUGGAGAUGGCCUUGUGUCUCUCCCCCUGUAGUGGGCUCCCUGCCACCCCCCACGCCCCCCCCCCCCCCAAUAUCUUCUCUGGCAUUCAGAUUAGAAGUUUCCAGGUUGGUUUGUGUGUUAUGUUUUGGGUUUUGCUGUUGGGUGUUUUUUUUUUUCUCCAUAAAAAGCAAUAAAAAUGGUUUGGGUUGGAGGAGGGGACGGAUGGGCUGGUGGGAUUUUUAGUUUUCCUUUGACAAAAGACUGGUUUCUUUUCAAACUUGUCCAGAAAGGAAAAAAAAAAAAAAAAAGGUGGGUAUCUUUGCUUUGGAAGAAGGCUCUGGGCAGGCUCUUUGUGACUGUGGGGGUGGGGUUGGGUGUUUACAUGACAUUCUAUAUCACAAGAUUGAUAGAAUGUUUAUAACAGAUGUUUCUUAUCUUCCCUCAACCCCCCAAAAUAAAAGGCAAGACUUUUCUUAAAGUA